CAUAUAGGCUGUGGUUGUAGCAAUUGUUUCACAUGGUUAGUUGAAAGCUGGCUGUAUUUCAACCUUGGAGUGGUAAACAUAAAAGCCAGAGAUAAUGAGGACUGUCUUGGAAAUGUUUGAUGUUGACAUGAAGAUUGGUGACACCGUCAAAUUUAAAGUCUUUACUGACCCAGAAGCAGACAGGUUUGCAAUCAGCCUGGGGAAAGAUGACUCUACACUGGCAUUACACUUUAACCCAAGGUUCAAUGAUGAUCAGGACGGUAGAGUGAUUGUCUGCAACAGUAAAGAAGAUGGUGUGUGGUGCACUGAGCAGAGAGAGGAAACCUUUGUAUUUGAGAAGGGAGAGUGCUUUAAGUUUUCCAUUAUGUUCCUUGGAGUGAAGUUUGAGAUUAAGUUGCCUGACCAAGUUCUGGAGUUCCCUAAUCGCUCAUCUAUGGACACCAUGACAUACCUCCAAGUGCAAGGGGAUGUUCGAGUGAAGUCCCUGAAGUUUGAUUAUUGAUAUUUGCCUUGCAGAACUAAGACAAGGUUGAGGGGAUGUGAAUGUCUCAAAGGGGUAACUGCAUUGUCUGAACUAUCAACACUUUUUUUUCCUCCAAGUGGGAAUCACCCAGUCUGUUUGGAAGACCAACCCUCAAUGCUUAGCCCCUAUAUCUCUUGCAUAUUCAGUCUGCUUCCUAGUGACCAGUCCAUGCCUUUAAAGAUUACUGACUUGAUUCUCCUUGGACUGGAGAGUCUCUGGAGACCUUACUUGAGAAAGUUUGGCCAGAUUCUCAAAUGAAUUAGUCAGUGACUAUUCUGCUCAAAAGUAUGUAUGGCCAAGUUUUUGCAGACUGAUGCACAUUAGCACUUUUAAAAAAAAAAAUACACGAUCCUUGAUCAAGGCUACCUUAAUCCAACAAUGGGAAGAUUUAGCCACUGAAUGCAUCCCAUCUCCCACCCACCAAACCCCCCCUCCCCACUUUUUAAAGUUGGUUUUGAAGUGAGGCAGGGAGUUUUUGAUCCAAGCAAUGUCUGUGCCAGUUUCUUGCUGUCAAACUGCCCAUGUUCUUACUGAGGGCAGCCUGACCUUGGUGCUUUAGAUCCACAUUCAUGAACAAAUGAGUUAGUGUUAUUGUACCAUGAGGAUUAGUUCACUGAGCUAUUUCACUGUUCAAGUAGUAAUUUUUAUUAAACUUUUGUAAACUGAGUUGCCACCUGGCUGUGGGGAUAGGCCACUAAAAGAACUGAUUCCAGAUUGAGAAUUCAGAUGUUUGAUCUCCUGAAUAAAGUUGCUCAAGUUGAGAUUGUAUGUGAUUAUCACUCUUUGACCUGCAUAAUUGUGGCAAGUCUCUGCCUGCCUUAACCAGCUCUGACUGAGAUGUGAUCUGUAAAAGGGGCCUAGGCUUGCUUAACAUCAGCACAAGGCUGACAGUCCAGUGUAUGCUGGUUUGUGGAAUCUUUUGUGCAUAAAUUCUGCACUUAAUGUUUUAACACCACUGCAGUAGUAAAAUGCAUUGUUUUGGGACUGAACAACUGAACUCAAUUGCUAAUUAAAAUCUUGAUUCAAAUUUAA